AAGCAACCCUCGGCGCCGUAUCGUUUGACCAGUUGGCUUUUAUAACGCGUAAUAAAUAGGCAUGGCGUCAGGUGAUGGAUGUCGAUGACAGACAAGCUGGUGUUGUAAUAUAUACAACAACAUGUGGAUACGAUAAUUCUAGUGUCAUCGACGAUCUAUCAAAUACUGAUAUCAAUGUAAUGUUUUUGGUGAAAUAUCACAAGAAAAUACCUUGAUUUUGGAUAAUAUAAUGAUCUGAUUUCGGAUGAUAUAAUAUUCUGUCAUGCUGACAAUGCUAUACGUACAGGACUUAGAACCUCCUCACACAAUGGCUGUGCAAACGAAUAGCAACAAUAGUUAUAUGUCUGCAUCCGAAAAUAAAUUUCAGUGGUUCUGUUAUCAAGCUAUGAUACAUUAGAAUACUAAUUAGGUCUUUGCAUCUUGACUGGAGUAAACCGAAUAUUUUAUCAAAUGGUCAAAGCGAUAUUUGAUGAAACAUAUUUAACGACGUUUUCACUGACAUGCAUGUGGUUUGGUUCAUGUACGUGCAGCGCGUAACACCAAUACACAUGGAUUAUGUUGACAUCUGGAUCUUCAGGAACUAGGUCACCGAGUUUUAACCUCUGUCGUAUUUCAGAUGAACCUGACUGCCUUCCAACACGAUGGUUAUAUCUGAUCACUGAGUCAGUGCUUUAUCUACGUCUGCCUGUCUAGAUGGAAAUGUGAAAUCAAAAUAACUGAAGUUAUUAGAAUACCCAGUGUUUUAAUUCCAUCCCGAAUAAGACAGCUGUGACACUGGCUAAUUAGACUGCUGUGGAUGGAAUACAGUUUGAUAUGUAGAUACAUUCAUGGUGAUACCGUAGGAAACGUAUGAUAAAUGCGAUCGGAGCAAAAGCGGGAUAUCCAUCCAUGUGACGUCACAACCAUUUACAAUCACGUGUCACCAUCAUCAUGGUAAAUGACACCACAUUCCAUCAUUUCCCAGAAUUCAAAACGGCAUUGAUGAUAUGGACGUAUUUCCCGCCAUUUUUGAUCAUCGUCGGUACCGUCGCCAACUUCUGUUCGAUUGUUGUACUCCUUCGGAAGCCGAUGAGGACAUCAAACACGAUGUUCUAUCUCCUGGUCCUGUCUGUUGGUGAUAUAUUUGUGCUGUAUACGGGCCUUCUACGCUACUGGCUGAAGUUUGGAUUCGAUAAAGAUAUCCGACUAAUUUCAAACGCUUCUUGUAAGUUCCAUGGUUUCCUUGUUUACGUGUCUUUAGACUUCACAGCGUGGAUAUUAGUUGCUGUUACUGCAGACAGAUGUUUUGCAAUUUGUCACCCUUUUAAAGCUAAAAUUGUUUGCACUCGCAAGGUGGCGAAAGUAAUAGUUUGUGUUAUUUUGGGUACGCUCAUAGCAAUUAAUGGUCACCUGUUUUGGUCCCUCGCCAUUUUAGACCUCGCUGAUGAAAUCCAGUGUACUGCCGUAACAGACUUUGGUAAUACGAUAUGGCCCUGGAUGGACUUCAGUGUAUUUAGCGCCAUGCCGUUUAGCAUUAUGAUUACUAGCAAUAUCAUCAUAGUUCGGCAGCUAUGCCGAUCGUCACGGCGGCUAGAGGCUCAUAGAAUGUCGGACCGGGCUGGUUGUAACUCAGAAAGGUCCGAUAUUGCUACCAUUAAACCGGAUACAUAUUCCUCUACAACUCGAAUUCGAUUGACAUCAAAUAGUUCGUCCCAAACCGGAAGUGGACGGAAUACGAUUCGGCAACGAAUGGGGAAAAUCUCUAACGUUACGAUAAUGUUACUGUCCGUGAACUGUUUGUUUUUACUUCUGACCGCUCCCAUUGUCAUCUACCUUAUUGGGUACAUGAAGUGGUAUGUGGACGCAUCCGACCAUGCACGUGCGAAAAUGAACUUAUUAUGGUGUUUCUGCAAUAUGAUGCAAUACCUCAACAACUCCAUCCACUUCUUUAUCUACUGUCUGACGGGACCGAAAUUCCGACGGGAAUUAAAAGCUAUGUUCAACAAAAGCAACAGAGUGACAAUGACCGAACAAGUAUCAGGAACUGAGCUAUAUUAAGGAGGUAUACCCCCGUGAUGUCAACCAAUGACUGAACAGGUAUCAGGAACUGAGCUAUAUUAAGGAGGUAUACCCCUGUGGUGUCAACCAAUGACCGAACAGGUAUCAGGAACUGAGCUAUAUUAAGGAGGUAUACCCCUGUGGUGUCAACCAAUGACCGAACAGGUAUCAGGAACUGAGCUAUAUUAAGGAGGUAUACCCCUGUGAUGUCAACCAAUGACCGAACAGGUAUCAUGAACUGAGCUAUAUUAAGGAGGUAUACCCCUGUGGUGUCAACCAAUGACCGAACAUGUAUCAGGAACUGAGCUAUAUUAAGGAUGUACACCUCUGUGAUGUAAAAAAAAA